UCAUACUGCUCAGAAUGUAAAGGUCGGAAUUGGGUUUCUCUUGUCCAGCUGUUUGGUUUUCCUUCCUUCCUUCGGACUUCCUUCCAUCUUCAAUAUUGAUUUUUUUUGACUAAGUUUUCUUUUCGUCUUCAAUUGGCGUCGUUCUUCGAUCCGAUCUCGUAGCUGUUCUGAAAGUCCAAUUUUCUGGAAUUGCUCUUUUGUAUUGGUUAUUUGGUUUCGUUUUGAAGGAGAUUUGAACAAAGUACAGGGAUUUCUUCGAAAUGCCUGUGAAAUCCGCGCAAUCUUCUUAUCGGGAUCGAACACAAGAGUUUCUCACAGUAGCGCAGAGUCAAAAGAAGUCGCUCUCUUCGACUUCGAAUGGACAGAGCAGUAGCUCCAAACCAGAGCGAUUGCGAUCUGCGGCCUCCAUCCAGUCGGAGUUUAAGAUUAGGGCUUCGAAGAUCGGAUAUGGGAUUAAUCAGACUUCGCAGAAACUCGCCAAGCUUGCAAAAUUGGCAAAGAGGACAUCAGUUUUUGAUGAUCCAACUGUGGAGAUCCAAGAGCUUACUGCAGUUAUCAAGCAGGAUAUUACUGCACUCAACUCAGCCGUAGUAGAUCUGCAGCUCCUCUGCAACUCCCGAAAUGAAAAUGGGAACAUCUCUUCUGACACCACAAGCCACUCAACCACAGUUGUGGAUGGCCUGAAAACCCGGUUGAUGAGCACUACAAAAGAAUUCAAAGAAGUGCUUACCAUGCGGACUGAGAAUUUGAAGGUUCAUGAGAAUAGAAGGCAGUUGUUUUCUUCCACUGCUUCUAGGGAUUCUACGAAUCCUUUUGUUCGGCAGCGUCCAUUGGCUUCCAAGCCGGGUCCUAGUGCCUCAACCGCCACACCACCUCCUUGGGCAAAUGGGUCAACAUCUUCACCCCAAUUGUUUUCAAGGAAGUCAGUGGAUGGGGAUACACAACCAUUGCUACAACAGCAGCAUCAGCAGCAACAUCAGCAGUUGGUUCCAUUACAAGACAGUUACAUGCAAAGCAGAGCAGAAGCCCUUCAAAACGUGGAGUCAACCAUUCAUGAGCUGAGCAACAUUUUCACUCAACUGGCUACCAUGGUUUCUCAGCAAGGAGAACUUGCCAUCAGGAUCGAUGAGAACAUGGAUGACACACUGGCAAAUGUGGAGGGGGCACAGGGGCAACUGCUCAAGUAUCUUAACAGCAUCUCAUCCAACCGCUGGUUGAUGAUCAAGAUAUUCUUUGUAUUAGUUGUAUUCCUCAUGAUUUUCCUAUUUUUUGUGGCAUAAAAAUAUUUUAGAUAAUCAAAGUGAAAAGGAGAGGGUGGGUGCCUUGACAAAAGGCGAUAAGUGUGAUUUUUUGUCCGAUUUGCGUUAAUUUUUUUUUUUUCUUCCUUAACGAAAUUACAUUUGCAGGUAUUCAUUCA